AUGGCGACGAACAUGCGAGGGCUGACGCAGUUUAUUGCGGACAUCCGAGCAUCUCGCGUGAGAGAGCUUGAAGAGAAACGCAUAAAUAAGGAGAUGGCCCAUAUCCGAAAGAAGUUCAAAGGCGAAGCUAUAGACGGAGGGCUUGAUGGGUAUCAGAAGAAAAAAUAUCUUUCGAAGAUCAUUUUCACGUAUAUUCUGGGAUACAAGGUUGACAUUGGACACAUGGAGGCUGUGAACUUGAUAUCCAGCCCCAAGUAUAGUGAGAAGCAAAUCGGCUACCUUGCAGUCACAUUGCUUAUGCACGAAAACUCGGACUUCUUACGACUUGUUGUCAACUCGAUUCGCAAGGACCUCGAUGAGAACAACGAAAUAAACAACUGUUUGGCACUUCAUGCCAUAGCUAAUGUCGGCGGGAAAGAAAUGGCCGAGGCAUUGGCACCCGACGUCCAUCGUUUACUCAUAUCUCCUACUUCACGAAGCUUUGUUAAGAAGAAAGCGGCCCUCACACUCUUGCGACUCUAUCGAAAACACCCUGAAGUCUUCCCUGCUGAGGAAUGGGCAUUGCGUAUUAUAUCUAUCAUGGACGACGAUGAUUUAGGAGUUGUUGUAUCUGUCACCAGUUUAGUUACGGCCUUGGCUCAAGACCAUCUUGAUGCUUACAAGGUCUCCUGCCAAAAGGCUAUCGACCGACUGCAUAAGAUUGUUAUUGAUAAGGAUUAUUCACCGGAGUACAUAUAUUAUAAAGUGCCCACACCUUGGCUACAGGUUAAGCUGCUGCGGCUUUUGCAGUAUUAUCCGCCUAUAACCGAUCCCGCAAUGCGCGCUACUAUUGACAGGGUGUUACAGGCAAUUCUCUCUCAUAAUCCAAGUGACUCAGCAAAGAAUGUGCAGCACAACAACGCUAUCAACGCAGUUCUCUUUGAAGCCAUCAGUCUUGCUAUUCAUCACGAUACUCAAUCACCACUUGUUGCUACUGCUGCUGGGCUGCUUGCCAAGUUUAUCGUUUCUCGAGAAACCAAUGUGCGCUACCUUGGGUUGGACACAAUGGCCCAUCUUGCUGCCAGGGCAUAUUCGCUGGAGCCUUUAAAAAAACACCAAACCACUAUUAUCCUGUCAUUGCGAGAUAAGGAUAUUAGCGUUCGUCGACGCGCUCUCGAUCUUCUCUACAGCAUGUGCGACACCGAUAACGCAGCGCUCGUCGUCGGAGAGUUAUUGAAAUACUUAAAGGUCGCUGACUAUGGACUUCGCGAGGAAAUGGUGGUUAAGAUCGCGAUUCUCACCGAGAAAUAUGCACCGUCGUACACUUGGUAUGUGGACACGAUCCUUCAGCUCAUCAGCGCUGCUGGUGAUCACGUCGGAGACGAAGUGUGGUACCGUGUGAUCCAAAUUACCACAAACACUGAAGAUUUGCAAGAGUAUGCAGCAAAGGCUGUCUAUGAAUAUGUUCGCAUGCCUUCAUGCCAUGAAAGUUUGGUUAAAGUUGGCGGGUACAUACUCGGAGAAUAUGGUCAUCUUAUUGCCAACGAGCCAGGCUGUAGCCCCAUUGAACAGCUACAAGCGUUACAAUCUAAAUCCCAUUUCACUUCGCCUGCCACUCGCGCAUUACUAUUGUCGACCUACGUCAAAUGGGCCAACGUCUUUCCCGAAAUCAAACAAGAGCUCUUGGGAAUAUUCGACCGCUACCGGCACGUUCUAGAUUCCGAACUUCAGCAACGAGCAUGCGAAUACUAUGUCAUUGUAUCACGACCCGACGAUGACGUGCUGCUCCAGAAUACUCAACCAGAAACAUGGGGAUACAGGGGACAAGCGCACUUGGGUUAUUGGCGGCAAGGAGUCAAUGCGGAACGCGAGGCGGCUCGUAAGAACACGCUGUCCGCGGGCGGUGAUCAGACAAAUACCAACAAUGCUGUUAGUGAUGUGAUGAGCUCACUGGCCGGCCUUGAUCUCUCAAGCACCGAUGUCAUCAAACCAGAAGUCAAGCCGACCCCCAAGCUUACGACCAGCCCUGACAUCGAGCGGUGGUACGAGAAACUCACGAGAGCUCCCGAAGGUGUUCUCUACGAGGAUGUGCACUUCAAAUUGGCGUCAAAUCAGAAUACCAUGGCCAUCUUGGACGCGUGGCUCUUUACUUUGGCAAUAAACUUUCAAGACGCGCUUUCUGUGUCAUUCGCCAAGAUCCCGCCUACGACUGUCAAUCCCAAGACCCAGUCGCAGCAGCUCUUGCAUGUCGAGUGCAAGUCGAUGUUUACAAAUCCCCCAAUUCUAAACGUCUCGUACAUGGCAGGAUCACUGCAGUCAAUCAAUCUCCGACUACCGAUUGUUCUUACUAAGUUUUACGAAGGAGUUAAACUUGCCCAAGCUGAAUUCUUCGAACGAUGGAAGCUUGUAGGUGGACCACCACGUGAAGCGCAAAGCAUCUUCCCAGUGCAUGUCAAUUCCGAUGGAUCAUUGGAAACCGAGAGACAGAAGAAGAUCGUUUCUGGCGUCGGACUAAAGAUAUUGGAUGACAUCGACCCGAACCCAGUUAAUAUUGUUGCAGCCGGUGUUUUGCACAUGUCCACGGCCGGAAAGGUGGGAUGUUUGCUCAGACUUGAGCCUAACGCAGCCGCCAAGCUAUGUCGUCUUACCGUUCGAAGCACUUCUGAAGUGAUUGCGGCUGAAAUGAUGGCGAUGAUACGCGCACCACUGGAUGUAAGUGGCGGAAAAACUGGCCUUUGA